AUGCCAGCCAGUUUUGUCGACGACGAGUCCGGAUCGAAGGAAUUCCUAAUCGAGCACCGGCCGGCUGAGAAAAAGACUACUCGACAAUGGAGUUUCCUUUUCGUUUCUUUGGCUAUCUUGACAGUCAUUGGACUGAUUGAGCUGAUAGUGCUUGCAAUCAUCUUUGGUCAACUCAGCCCUCAGAAUCACAUACAGCCACUAUUGAGCGAACUAAAUCAUUUGGUUCCGACAUUUUCCACUCGCCAAGUGCUCUUUCGAACCGAUCCGUCAGCCACAGUCGAUCAGCAGGACGAAAGAUCAAGGAACAAGACUCGGGAGAACUGGCUUUCAUACAUGCCGAGAGGAAAUGGAUUCAUUGAAGUGAAUCAUACCGACAAGUACAUUCUACCAGAGCCGAUCUUGUUUAAAGGCAAACAGGUUUACUCACUUGCUGUUUUCCACCAGCUACAUUGUUUAUACGCGAUUAUGGAUAUGUACAAUAACUUGACAAGCCCUGCACAGCAGACGCAGACGGGUUCUGCGCAACAAGCGACUCUCAACAUCAGUUCAGAUUCUCAUGGGCACAUAAACCACUGCUUCAGAUACCUCCGCCAGUCUCUGCUGUGUUGCGGAGAUACGGCGUUGGAGGGACAGAUUCCGAACAGUAAUAUAAGCGGCACAGAUGGGACAGGAGCAGUUCAUAUGUGUAAAGAUUUCGAGGCUAUCAGGUCGUGGGCCGAAGAGAAGAGACUGGAUGAUAGGAAGCACCCAUGA